AUGGCGACGACGAAUCCUCAGCAGCAGAUUGCCCUGGACCGACUCGAAGUCAUUACGCGCGGUCUUCGAUCCAGGGCCAAUGAUGAAGUACGCAGCAGGGCUGCGUUGCAGCUCCGAGAGCUUGUCGGUGUCUGCCAUCGAGACAUGAGCAAUGAGAACUUUCAGGCUUUCUUCGGUGCUGUUAACAGAAGCAUAUCGAAUCUGAUCGCGCACGGUAACGACUCAUACGAUCGAAUCGGUGGCAUUUACGCCCUCGAUGCCCUCAUCGACUUUGAAGGCGUCGAAGCGUCCGCUAAAUACGCUCGUUUCAUGCAGAACCUCAAGACGAUCCUCCGAGGAAAGGACAUCAAUCCCAUGCAGCUUGCUGCCAAGGCACUGGGAAAGCUAUGUCGACCUGGCGGUUCUAUGAUCUCCGAAGUGGUCGACUCCGAAGUCAACACCGCCCUGGAGUGGCUGCAGAACGACCGAGUCGAGGAACGCCGAUACAGUGCUGUGCUUGUCCUGCGCGAACUGUCCCGGAAUGCGCCAACUCUCAUGUAUGGGUACAUGCCCAUCAUAUUUGAAUGGAUAUGGAUCGGUUUGCGCGACCCGAAGCACCUCAUUCGCGUCACCUCUGCCGAGACGGUCAGUGCAGCCUUCAAGAUCAUACGAGAGAGAGAUCAGAGCAUGAAGCAGCAGUGGAUGAACAAGACGUAUACCGAGGCUAAACAAGGCCUGCGGUUGGCCACUGUCGAAAGCAUACAUGGAUCUCUGCUGGUCAUCAAAGAGCUACUCGAGCAAGGCGGCAUGUUCAUGCACGAGCAUUACCAGCAGGUCUGCGACAUUGUCUUCAAGCACAAGGAUCAUCGAGAUCCCACCAUCAGGAAGACUGUGGUCAUCCUGAUCCCCAACCUUGCCAAUUACGCACCUUCUGAAUUCUCCAAGGCGUGGCUUCACAAAUUCAUGGUCUACCUCAACGGUAUGCUCAAGAAGGACAAGGAACGCAACGACGCUUUCUUGGCCAUCGGCUCCAUUGCCAAUGCUGUCAAAAGCUCCAUUGCGCCGUAUCUGGACGGCGUGGUCAUUCACGUCAGAGAAGGGCUCAGCGUGGCAUCUCGUAAGAGAGGGACCGUGGAUCCUGUCUUUGACUGUAUCAGUCGUCUGGCAGUCGCGGUUGGGCAGACUCUGAGCAAAUACGUGGAAGCUCUACUGGAUCCAAUUUUUGCUUGCGACCUCACACCGAAGCUCACGCAAGCGCUGGUUGACAUGGCUUUCUACAUCCCCCCCAUCAAGCCAACUAUCCAGGAGCGGCUACUGAACAUGCUCAGCAAGGUUCUGUGCGGCGAGCCAUUCAAACCCCUCGGCGCGCCCCAACCCAACACGCUGAGCUCAGUGCCAGUCAUCACCAAAGACCCAAAGGAUCCUUGGGCGUAUGACCAUCGCAAGGCCGAGAUCAAGCUGGCACUUAACACGUUGGGCAGCUUCGAUUUCCAAGGCCACGUGCUGAAUGAAUUCGUACGAGAUGUUGCCAUCAAAUACGUGGAGGAUGACGACCCGGAGAUACGAGAAGCGGCGGCCCUCACGUGUUGCCAGCUAUAUGUUCGCGAUCCCAUCGUCAACCAGACCAGCCUACACGCGUUACAGGUGGUUGGCGACGUCAUCGAGAAGCUUCUCACUGUUGGCGUUUCCGACCCCGAGCCUGGCAUCAGACGCGUGGUGCUCGCCGCACUCGACGAACGAUUCGACAAGCAUUUGAGCAAGGCCGAGAACAUCCGAGUCCUGUUUUUUGCCCUCAAUGACGAGGUUUUUGCUAUUCGAGAGGUGGCUAUCUCGAUCAUUGGCCGUCUCGCCAAGCACAAUCCGGCCUAUGUCAUUCCGUCCUUGCGCAAGACGCUCAUUCAGCUGCUUACAGAGCUUGAGUAUUCCGACGUGGCGCGCAACAAGGAAGAGAGCGCAAAAUUGUUGAGUCUACUUGUCCAAAACGCGCAAGGGCUGAUCAAACCAUAUGUCGACCCCAUGAUCUCGGUCUUGGCUCCAAGGGCCAGCGACUCGAAUCCCAGCGUUGCCGCCACCAUUCUCCAGGCUAUUGGGCAGUUAUCAACUGUGGGCGGCGAAGACAUGCUGCAAUACAAGGCCGACUUGAUGCCCAUCAUCAUUGAUGCGCUGCAAGAUCAGAGCUCCAACAUCAAGCGUGAAGCGGCGUUGCAUGCUCUGGGCCAGUUUGCCUGCAGCUCGGGCUAUGUCAUCACGCCUUAUCUUGAGUAUCCCCAGCUGCUCGAGCUUCUCCAGAACAUCAUUCGCAACGAAGGCCAUGUUAUUCCCCUGCGCCAAGCCACCAUCAAGCUUCUCGGUGUGCUUGGUGCGCUCGAUCCGUAUAAGCACCAACAAGUGGAGGAGAGCAGCCCUGAGGAGCAACGGCGUUCGGAGCAAGGUCAAACUACAGAUAUCUCUCUGAUGAUGACGGGUACAACUCCAUCAAACAAGGAGUACUAUCCCACUGUGGCCAUUAAUGCCCUGCUACAGAUUCUCAAAGACCAAUCGUUAGUGCAACAUCAUGCUGCCGUGGUUGAAGGGAUCAUGAGCAUUUUCCGCACUCUCGGACUCGAGUGUGUCAGCUUCCUUGACAGGAUCAUUCCGGCUUUUUUGACGGUGAUAAGAACGUCGACAAACAGGAGUCUGGAAUCCUACUUCAGUCAUCUGGCUACUCUCGUCGGCAUCGUCCGCCAGCAUAUCAGGAACUACUUGCCAGAGAUCAUAGUUGUUAUUCAGGAGUACUGGCACACAUCCGCUGCAAUGCAGACGACAAUCUUGCUUCUCAUUGAAGCAAUCAGCCGUUCGUUGGAGGGUGAAUUCAAGACUUACCUAGCUGGUCUUCUGCCGCUGAUGCUGGGUGUACUGGAAAAGGACGGCUCCACAAAGCGCAUGCCCUCGGAAAAGGUACUGCAUGCAUUCUUGGUGUUCGGUGCCAGUGCAGAGGAGUAUAUGCAUCUCAUCAUGCCAGUCAUUGUGAGGACCUUUGAGAAACAAGGCCAACCAGCGUCAAUCCGCCGCUCCGCUAUUGAUACGAUUGGGAAGAUCUCCCGACAGGUCAACCUGAACGAUUAUGCCGCUAAAAUCAUCCACCCAUUAACACGUGUGUUGGAUGCGGGCGACCCUUCGCUACGCAACGUGUCCCUUGACACCCUGUGUGCCCUCAUACAGCAAUUGGGUCGGGACUAUCUCCAUUUUGCCGGAACUGUGAACAAAGUCCUUGCGCAGCACCAGAUUCAACAUCAGAAUUAUGAGCUGCUCGUCAGGAAGCUCCAGAAUGGCGAAGUGCUGCCGCAGGAUCUGAGCUCCGAAACGCCAUUCGUCGAAGUGGUGGAUGAACCUGCCCUUGCCGACAUUCAGGGGAAGAAGCUGGAAAUGAACGCCAUGCACCUCAAGGCUGCUUGGGGUACGCACGGCAAGUCCACCAAAGACGACUGGCAUGAGUGGCAGCGCCGUUUCAGCGCGACACUGCUGAGCGAGUCGCCGAACCAUGCGCUGCGAGCCUGCGCUUCGCUGGGAGCAACAUACCCGCCGCUUGCACGCGAUCUCUUCAACUCGGCGUUCGUGUCGUGUUGGAGUGAGUUGUAUGAGCAGUUCCAAGAAGAGCUCAUCCAGAACAUUGAGAAUGCCAUCAAGUCUGAGAAUGUGCCGCCCGAUUUGUUAGGACUCCUGCUCAACCUGGCGGAAUUCAUGGAACAUGACGACAAAGCAUUGCCCAUUGACAUCCGGGUCCUGGGAAGAGAAGCUGCGCGCUGUCACGCAUACGCCAAGGCACUGCAUUACAAAGAGCUCGAAUUCCUGCAAGACCAGAGCAGCGGCGCCGUGGAAGCCCUGAUCUCCAUCAACAAUAAUCUACAGCAGUCAGAUGCUGCCAUUGGUAUUCUGCGUAAAGCGCAGCUGUACAAAGAUGGAAUCCAGCUGCGCGAGUCGUGGUUCGAGAAGCUGCAACGGUGGGAUGAGGCGCUCGCCUUCUACAACAAGCGCGAAGCCGAGAUCCCUGAAGAUCAGCCUGUGCCCGUCGACGUGGUCAUGGGCAAGAUGCGUUGCUUGCACGCUCUGGGCGAGUGGGAUGCCCUGGCUGAUCUCACUGGCACGGCCUGGGCCAAUUCCUCGCUCGAGGUGCAGCGCAAGAUCGCGCCGCUGGCGACAGCUGCCGCCUGGGGUCUCGGUAAAUGGGAUUCGAUGGAGAAUUAUCUGUCAUCACUCGGAAAGUCUACGGCCGACCGAGCAUUCUUCGGCGCCAUCCUGUGCCUUCAUCGCAAUCAAUUCCGGGAGGCCAUCAACAACAUUGCCAUGGCACGUGAAGGCCUAGAUACUGAACUCAGCGCCUUGGUGACGGAAUCAUACAACCGCUCCUACGACGUUGUGGUGCGUGUUCAAAUGCUCGCUGAACUGGAGGAGAUCAUCGUCUACAAGCAAUGCGAUGAGAAGAAGCAGGCAACCAUGCGCAAGACAUGGGAGACGCGUUUGAAGGGCUGCCAGCGCAACGUGGACGUGUGGCAGAGAAUGCUGCGCCUGCGCGCCCUAGUUAUGGCCCCGAGUGAGAAUCUGCACAUGUGGAUCAAGUUUGCCAACCUCUGCCGCAAGUCAGGACGAGUUGGUCUGGCGGAGAAGUCGUUGAAGCAACUGAUCGGUACGGAGCAGAAGCUUGAGGGCAUGAUCCCGUAUUGGGAUAACCAGAUUGCCCCGAGGGAAGUGCUGAACCGCAUCCCUCCUCAGGUCACGUACGCCAUCCUCAAGUAUGAGUGGGAAAUUGGCCAGCAGCCAGGUCAUCGCACUUCGGGAACGGCUGAGAAGACGCUGUACUGUCUCCAGAGGUUCUCCAAUGAUCUUGCCUUGCGUCUCGAGGGAGCUAGAGUCCAACUCUCAACGACGACGGGAAGCGAAAACAUUAGCAGCGACUUUGCCUUCCAGGAGUACGUCGACCCGGCCAUUAUGAGCGAGCAGACCAGGCAGACUUUGGUCGAUCAGACUACCCUUCUGGCGAAAUGCUACUUGCGGCAGGGAGAGUGGAUUAUGGCGCUCAAUAAGGAUGAGUGGCAGGACAACCACUCGCGAGAUGUCUUGACAUCGUACUCCGAGGCCACCAAGUACAACCCGCGGUGGUACAAGGCCUGGCACGCCUGGGCUCUGGCCAACUUUGACAUUGUCCAGCGGGCCGUGGCGCUCAAUGAUGGGACACAGCUGUCAAGGGCUGAUCAAGCCAUGCUGAUUGACCACGUUGUGCCUGCAAUCACGGGCUUCUUCGAAUCCAUUGCUCUACUCCAGGGCAGUUCGUUGCAAGACACGUUGCGCUUGCUGACACUAUGGUUUGCCCACGGCGGCCACCCCGAUGUCAAUGGUGCAGUGGCCGAGGGGUUCUCCAAGGUCAGCAUAGAUACGUGGCUCGAGGUCAUUCCUCAGUUAAUCGCAAGAAUCAACCAACCCAACCGCCGCGUGCAGCAGUCUGUGCACAACCUGCUGGCUGACGUUGGACGUGCCCAUCCCCAGGCCUUGGUGUACCCUCUGACAGUCGCAAUGAAGUCAUGGAAGAAUACCCGCCGGUCGAGGUCGGCGGCCAUGAUCAUGGACAGCAUGCGCCAGCACAGCGCUACGCUUGUUGCGCAGGCCGAGCUUGUGAGCAACGAGCUCAUUCGUGUUGCUGUUCUGUGGCACGAGCUUUGGCACGAGGGUCUGGAAGAGGCUUCCCGUCUAUACUUUGGUGACCAGAACAUUGAAGGCAUGUUCGCGACACUGGAGCCGCUUCACGAUCUGCUGGAGCGCGGGCCGGAAACCUUGCGAGAAAUCUCGUUUGCGCAAGCCUUUGGUCGCGACUUGAAGGAGGCCCAGGAGUGGUGUCAGCAAUACGAGAAGAGCGGGGACGUCAACGACCUGAAUCAAGCCUGGGACCUUUACUACCAGGUAUUCCGAAGGAUCUCGAGGCAGCUUGUGCAGGUGAACUCUCUCGAGCUACUGUACUGCUCGCCGAAGCUUCUCAAUGCCAAGGAUCUGAGCCUGGCUGUGCCUGGCACCUAUCGCAGUGGGCAGCCUGUGGUCAGCAUCACUGGUUUCGAGUCGACGUUCACCGUCAUCAAUUCGAAGCAACGGCCGCGCAAGUCCACCUGCAAUGGCAGCGAUGGGAACCAGUACGCCUUCCUUCUCAAGGGACACGAAGACAUUCGUCAAGACGAACGUGUCAUGCAGCUCUUCGGCCUAUGCAAUACCUUGCUCGCCAACGACUCGGAAUGUUUCAAGAGGCAUCUCAACAUUCAACGCUUCCCUGCCAUUCCGCUGUCGCAGAGCUCUGGUCUACUGGGCUGGGUACCCCACAGCGACACGCUGCAUGUGCUCAUCCGGGAAUACCGCGAAAGCCGCAAGAUUCUGCUCAACAUUGAGCACAGGAUCAUGCUCCAGAUGGCCCCCGACUAUGACAACCUGACACUCAUGCAAAAGGUCGAGGUCUUUGGCUAUGCACUCGACAACACGACCGGCCAGGACCUCUACCGAGUGCUCUGGCUGAAGUCAAAGUCGUCUGAGGCGUGGCUAGAAAGGAGGACCAACUACACCCGGUCCUUGGGUGUCAUGUCGAUGGUAGGUUACAUCCUGGGCCUAGGUGAUCGACACCCGUCCAACUUGAUGCUCGACCGUAUCACUGGCAAGAUAGUGCACAUUGACUUUGGCGACUGCUUCGAGGUGGCGAUGAAGAGAGAGAAAUACCCAGAGAGGGUGCCGUUCCGACUGACGAGGAUGUUGACGUAUGCCAUGGAAGUGAGCAACAUCGAGGGUAGCUUCCGUAUCACGUGUGAGCAUGUGAUGCGCGUGCUACGGGAGAACAAGGAGAGUAUCAUGGCGGUACUCGAAGCGUUCAUCCACGAUCCUCUGCUCACGUGGCGUCUGACCAACGCCGCAUCACCAACGGGUCCCAACUUCCGCACCGAGACCGAGGCAACGGCCGCCGUCGUGCCAAACGGCGCCCGUCCUCGCCGCCAGUCCAUACUGGAGAGCGACAUGGCGCCGUCGGAGCUGCUUGCCGAAGGCGUGCCUCUGCCAUCGCGCAGCCGCGCACGGACAAACUCUACCGUCGCCACGAACAACACGGAUCAUACAAACGGCUUCGUGAACGGCAUGGCGCCCGUGCAGGAAGCCGAGAGCCAGAACGCACGUGCGGUCGAGGUGCUCGAUCGCGUGCAGCAGAAGCUUACCGGGCGCGACUUUAAGACAACGGAGGAACUCGAGGUUGUCGCACAGGUGAACAAACUCAUCAUUGAGGCGACCAAGUUGGAGAACCUCUGUCAGCACUACAUUGGAUGGUGCAGUUUCUGGUAG